AUGCCGUCUGCCACGAAGCCCAGCAAGAAUCAGCUCCGGAGAGCUCGCAAAAAGGCCCUGAAGGCUGAGACUCCCAGUACAACCGUCGAGGAAAAUGGAGAGGCUGAUAAGCAGGCAUCUCCUCCUACCGCUCCAACCCAGGAUGUACCGGAGCCUUCAGCCAUUCCCGUUGUUCCUGUGCCAGAUGACCCUCUCUGGGAGAUGUACAAAGGUCUCGCGAGCAGGUUUGACGAAGGGCCCGGGGAAAAUGCUACAACCAAAGAGGUCGAGAAGCCAGAAGUCUACUUUGACGACGAGGACGAGAUUCCCGACGAGGAGCAAGAGUUCGAGCCGAAACUGUCCAAGAAGAAGCGAAAGGAGCUGAACAAAUUGUCUGUGGCUGAACUCAAGGCCCAGGUCUCCAAACCCGACAUUGUGGAAUGGACAGACACUUCGGCCACCGAUCCACGGCUUUUGGUCCACAUCAAAGCCCAUCGCAAUGUGGUUCCCGUUCCGACGCACUGGUCUCUCAAGCGUGAAUAUUUGUCGUCGAAACGAGGAGUGGAAAAAGCCCCCUUUGCUCUUCCCAAGUUCAUCCAGGAGACGGGCAUUGCUGAAAUGCGCGAUGCUGCAUUGGAAAAGCAGGAACAAUCCACCUUGAAACAGAAGCAGCGGGAGAGGGUUCAGCCUAAGAUGGGCCGGUUAGACAUCGACUACCAGAAACUCUACGAGGCCUUUUUCCGCUUCCAAACCAAGCCUGAGCUGACCCGAUACGGCGAAAUUUACUAUGAAGGAAAGGAGCACGAGACCAACCUUAGACAUUUACGCCCCGGCGAGCUAAGUGAUGAACUAAAAGAGGCCCUCAACAUGCCCCCCGGGGCGCCUCCCCCGUGGCUUAUCAACCAGCAACGGUUCGGACCUCCUCCAUCAUAUCCUGCUUUAAAAAUCCCGGGCCUUAAUGCACCUCCACCACCAGGUGCAAUGUGGGGUUAUCAUCCCGGUGGCUAUGGAAAACCGCCCGUCGACGAGCAUAACCGGCCACUUUACGGAGGUGAUAUCUUUGGUGUGCUACAACCCCAGCAAAAUGCGCAACAAGGAGAACCCGUCGAGAAGGAUCUUUGGGGUGAACUACAGGCAUCCGAAGGGGAAGAGGAAAGUGACGAGGAAGAAGAAGACGAGGAGGAGGGAUCUGAGGAGGAGGAUGCGGAUGACGAGGAGCGAGAAACGGGUGUUCACUCUCCAAGCGGCUUAGACACUCCCAGUGGCAUGGCUUCCGCGAUGCCAUCCGAAUUCGGAGCCCCGGAAAGUGUAUCUGGUGAAUUUGACGUCCGCAAACAUCACCGUGGAACCGAAACCGAGGAGUCCGUUCAUCCUCGCAGUGCAUACCAGGUGAUCCCCGAGAAACAGACCAACGUCUCAGGAUUCUUUGGCGGAGAUCGAGCCUACGACCUCGCUUCGUCAGCCGGCACUCAUCCCGUUCUAGGCGUGGAUGACCAAAACCGGAAGCGAAAGAAGCCUGGCGAUGUGGAGGUGUCGGUUGAUUUGGACGCGCUCCAGUCUGGGGACGGGCUCAGCAAGGAACGUCUCCAGGAUCUCUAUGAGACACAACGGCAGCAGCAGAAUCAGCCCCAGUGGGGAUUCCAGGAGGAUCUUAGCGACAUGAUUGCACAGGAGAGUCGAAAGAGAUUACGCAAGGAAGAAGAGCGGCGAGGCAAACGUUGA